AUGCGUACGCACAGAACCAAUACAUUUCUCAUAAGAGAAAAUAUUAAACUAGAGAUCAUCCAUGAGUCGAAUUCCUAUUUUGGUGGGGAACAUAUAUCAAUUGCCUUCAGAUUCAAGCACCUAGGCUCUCAAAAUGAAUUAUCCAGCUAUAAAGAAAAGCUCCUCGCAUUUGAUAGAGCAGUUGAAGAGAAGUUAGAACAGCAAGCGAAGACGCAAGAAGAUAGUGAAAAUACGAUUGAAAACCAAACCUGGUCACUGAAAUCAAUAUUUGGUGCUUUGAAGAAAACAGCUGGUGCUGAAGAGAGUGUAGACGCACAAAACAUGAAAGAGCUGAAUAAAAACAAGGUUCUAAGAGCAAAAAUUCAGAAGCAAAUGUAUUUUCAUCAACCUGUGACUUUAAUAUCUGGUUAUGUGCAAAUAUCAGGCACCUUUCAAUACGAUUCCGAAGUAAUUGGGGAGUCGAAGUUUGAACAAGAUGGGGUAAAAAUGGUAGGACUAGAUAUUUUAUCUGGACAUGCCACAAAUUCUAUUUUUGCAUCAGAAGAUGCGACACAAGUCAAAGGUAAAGGAGAUUUAGCCAAGUAUUUCAACUCUGAUUAUAUGAACGUAAUCAAUGGUCUUUCCUCAGAAAUCAGUUCUACAGGUAGAACAGGUAAUCGUAAUGGACGAGUUUUAGCAAAUUCAGAAGAUACCAACAUAAGAACCUUGCCCCUCCUUUUAAUACCGCAGACACUGCUAUUUUCUGAGAUUUCUUUGGGACCAGGUGAAGCAAGGACCUUCUAUUUCAAAUCAACAAAAUUGCCAAAAGAUGUCUGUCCAAGUUAUUCUUCGUCAAAGGUUGUGUCAAUAAACUAUGCUCUUGAAGUUGGUGUGGAUGUACUUUCUGAUGACAAUAUCAAGCCAUUUUCGAAUAAAGUCCCAAUAACAAUAGCACCAUAUAUUAGUUCAGAUGCCGAGCAGUAUACAUCACAUCUCGAUAAACCUCCGAUUAUAUUAAAGACAGGCAACAUAAAAGAAUUGAGGCCUCGUCCACUUACUCGAAAAGUUUCUACAGCUUCUGCUGUAUCAUUUGGUAGGAGAAAAUCAUCCAUUAUUGACAUUGAUUCUACAUUGGAAAAUAGUGAAAUUGUUAAUCGCGUCAAAGAAAGCUUUAUUGAACUAGUUGAGUCCAAUCAAAACGUUUCAAAAGAUAUAGAUGAACUUGUUGAUCGGCAAUUAGAAGUACAGUUUGAAAAGGAUGAAGAUUCUUCAGACCCUGAACUUAACGACACCCGUUUUUCCAAUGAAAUGGUGGCAUCGGCGAGUUCUAGUGCGACUGUUAAUGCUGUUAAUAAAAGGAGAAAAAGUGAAUCCAUCCGCAACAACAUUUUUAACCUCGAGCGGAAGGUCUGGAAUGAUAAAUCUCUCAUAAAGUCAGACAAUAAUUCCAAUCUCUUACCUCAACUGGUCAAUUUACAAAGUGCAUAUCAAAUAAACAGGAACAAUGUGCCUAUGGCAAAGGUGUCUUUGUCAGCACCUUUUUUUAAGACUACAGAUAAUAUAGAUUUGGUUAUUGAGUUAGAUUCAAUAACCACCCCUGUACUAAAAGUGACCUCGUUAACUGUAUCCUUAGAAUCUUUUGAAAUUAUAAAUCCAAAAUAUAGAACUGAAGGAAAACGAAUGGAUAGCAAGCCAAAAGGGAAUUCAGUCUAUGAAAAACAUUUUAUUUGUUUCGAUGAAUGCAACUCCGUGUCCGUAAAACUACUUCCUCCAAGAUCACCCACAAGUCAGAUUACGGGACAGUUCAAGACAGACGUCUUUCACCACAAGUGGAUGAUAGGUCUAAAAUUUGUAAUAGUUGCCAAGACAGGAAGUAUCACAUUGGAUCAAUUUUAUGAAGACAAAAAAGGUGUUUUGUUUCAUUCAAAAGAGAGUUUAGAAGGUGAGGAGUUUUCCUGCUACGUUCCCGUUCCAAUAUUGGCCACGUCUGAAGAUUUCAUGGGAUGGUAA